AUGGAUACUAACCCCGUCGUAACGUCUAAUCCUACAUUCAAGCCAAAUCCAAAGCGCCGGAGACCGAGUCCGUGGAUAAGGCUUCAGCUUUGGUUCAAUACGUAUCGCAAGUUCUUCACGCUCGUUGUCUCCAUGAAUACAGUGGGUCUCGCAUUGGCCAUCUCGGGCAGAUGGACGUAUCCACGACACUACACCGGCGCAUUUGUACUCGGAAACCUCCAGACCGCGAUCAUCACCCGGAACGAGCUGUUCAUGCGGGUUUUAUAUUUGUUUGUCAACACCUGUUUAGCCAAGUGGACACCACUUCGCUUCCGCCUUGCCUGCACGUCAGCCCUCCAGCACAUCGGAGGAAUCCACUCAGGCUGCGCCAUCUCAGGAUUCCUGUGGCUCGUAUAUCGUAUCACCAAUUGCUUCAUCGCUCUCCGCACUAUGCCAAGCUCGAUGAUGGCCGCAGGUGUGAUGACUAAUAUCGCUAUUGCCGUCUGUAUAGUCAGCGCAUUUCCGUGGAUACGGAAUAACCAUCACAAUGUAUUCGAGAGACACCAUCGGUUCGUUGGAUGGUGUGGACUGGUCUCAACUUGGGUGUUCGUCAUUCUUGGCGACAUGCACGAUCCCGAGUCGCAUUCGUGGGAUCCGACCGUCGGUAUUCUCAGGCAGCAGGAUUUUUGGUUUGUCUUUAUCAUGACGGUAUUCACCAUCAUACCGUGGUUAACGGUCCGAAGAGUCAACGUCGACGUCGAACUACCGUCACCAAAGGUAGCUGUACUACGCUUUGAGCGUGGGAUGCAGCAAGGGCUUCUCGCGCGCAUAUCUCGAGAGUGUAUCCUAGAAUAUCAUGCAUUCGGCAUCAUUUUAGAGGGAAAAUGCUCCAAAUACCACUACCUUAUCUGCGGAGUCCAGGGUGAUUUUACGCGUAGACUCUUUGCUGGUGUAUCGAACACGUCGACACUCUACACCCGGGGUAUCAGAGUAUGUACCGGAACAGGACUCGGUGCAGCGUUAUCCACCUGCCUUCAAAGCCCGUAUUGGUACCUGAUCUGGAUAGGCUCGGAUCAGGAGAAGACGUUCGGCCCUACAAUCUCGGGCUUAAUCCAUCAGAAUCUCAGUCCCGAGCGCAUGACACUCUGGGACUCAAAGAAGGAGGGACGUCGCCCGGACGUGAUGAAGCUCGUCCGAGACGCGUACAUCUCAUGGCAGGCGGAAGUCGUUUUUAUAACCUCGAAUCAUCAGGGUAAUCAGGAGAUUAUGGAAGGCUGCAAGGAGGCAGGCAUCCCCGCAUUUGGAACGCUCUGGGACUUUUGA